GUAAAAUGAAAAACAAACGAAACAUUUCCCAUGAGUCUCUAGAGAUCCAAUUUCCCCGGCAAAUCUACACGUGCCGCGGUUAAUUCGAAAUCCCGACCACGACAGAGGAGAAAUAUUGACCAUGUCCCAAGAGAAGCCAGACGCUUGCAGCCAGACCCAGUCACAGCCAGACGCUUGCAGCCAGACCCAGUCACAGCCUCCGACCCAGUCCCAGAGUGGUUCCAGCUCCUCCUCUGCUCCAGGCUCUGCCAGCCAGUCAUCCUCUGGGUCUGGCACAGUCAGUUCAGUGGACACCAUCCCCGUUAGGGACCUGGGCUCCAUACCAGAGGAGCAUGAGCCACAGCCCUGGGGCCUCCUGCUGCCUAUGCAGAGAGGCUUCAGAGCCCACAACUGUGUUGAGGACGACACUUGGUUUGGCCGGCACACUAAAUGCAACUAUUCCUUUGAUGUCCCCAUACUGAGGAAAUCGUCCAGAUUUGCUGCAUACAGCAAUAAACAUUUUAGGAUAUUCAGAGAGAAGAACAUUGUCUAUGUCUUUGACAACAGUAACAAUGGCACGUUUGUUGACGGUAAAAUGAUUGGAAAAGGAAAAAUGUUGCCACUAGCGAACAAUGCAGUGUUGUCCCUUGCUGAAGAACGCCACAAAGUGUUUGUGUUCAUUGAUCUCAUGGUGGAUGAGCAGUCCAACCUACCCAAAGAGUUAAACGAGAAAUACAUGAUCACCAAAAAGAUUGGAGUUGGUGUGUGUGGGGAAGUGAAGCUGGCUUUUGAGAGGGCCACUUGCAAAAAGGUGGCCUUGAAGACUAUCAACAAGAAAGAUUUCCCGGCAUCUGUUGGCACUGCCACGCGAAGUGCAGAACGAGAGAUCCAGAUUCUUCAAAAGAUUGACCAUCCUUGUCUGAUCAAAACAAAAGACUUCUUCCAAACAGAUGACUCAUACUACAUUGUUUUAGAGCUCAUGGAGGGUGGAGAACUCUACGACCGGGUCAAAAGCAAGCAACAGAUCAAGGAGCCGAUUGCCAAGCUAUAUUUUUACCAGAUGUUGAAAGCAGUAGAGUACCUUCACAACAAUGGCAUCAUCCACAGAGACCUCAAACCUGAAAAUGUGCUGCUUUCGUCUCACGACGAUGUUUGCAUCAUCAAGAUCACAGACUUUAAUCAGUCCAAGAUACUGGAGGAGUCUGCCCUGAUGAGGACCCUUUGUGGAACACCCACAUACCUGGCACCAGAGGUGUUUACAGACGCAGUCACUGUGGGCUACAGCAGGGCUGUAGACGCCUGGAGUUUAGGGGUCGUCCUGUUUGUGUGUUUGGCAGGCUAUCCCCCAUUCUACCCAAAUGCACAAAUUGGUUUGUCAGUCAGUGAUCAGAUCACCCAGGGAAUAUAUACAUUUAUUCCAUCAAAAUGGGAUGGCAUCUCCGAUGAUGCCAAAGAUGUUGUGAAGAAACUGCUUCGAGUGGACCCCAAUGCCCGCCUCACCAUUGAGGAGGCAUUACAGCAUCCCUGGCUGAUGGAUGAGGCAAUGAAGGAGACCGCUGAAGGCAUCAUGUACCCCAAGGACCCCGGUGAUGCCGAUGCCACAGCAGACCCCGGUGGUGCCGAUGCCACAGCAGACCCCGGUGGUGCCGAUGCCACAGCAGACCCCGGUGGUGCCGAUGCCACAGCAGACUCCGGUGAUGCCGCAGUAGCCUCAACCGGAAAGAGGUCAAGAGAUGAUAAGGAAGAGCAGCAGCCAACAAAGAGGGGAGAACCACCUGCAACUGGACAUUUUAUAAGAUGUACUUUUCUCCUAUAUCAAGAACAAAGAAAGUAUCACCAAGAACAGGUUAGUUGAAAAUUGGCCUGCUAUGCCUUAUAUUAGCUCAUGUGUAAUGUAUGGAAGCAUUCAUAGAUCAGCGCAACAAUGUGGAGCUAUGUCUACUGGAAAUUGCCUCCUGUUUUGUAAAUUGUUUUUGUACAAAAAUGUUAUUUUCCACUGGGUUUUUAUUGUUGUGCAUCCCAUAAUUCUUGAUUUGUAUAUCAUUAAAAAAAUCUUACUUUAUUGAACAUUUUCA